AUGGGGGUGGCUCGAACUGGGAGCUACAUCAAAGAUAUAGAUGUGCAGUAUGAGUACCAAAACAUAGGGAAUUGGCCUUAUGGUACCAAUUUGUUGAGAGAUGCCGUGGAUAGGGUAGAGUUGAUUCAGCAGCACCUUGUGACUGCCCAAAGUAGGCAGGAGAGUUAUGUAUAUAGGCUUGUUCGUGAUGCGUCAUUUGUUAUUUAUGAGCGAGUGUUGCUUAAAGUGUCACCCAUUAAGGGUGUUAUAAGGUUUAGGAAGAAAGAAAAGCUCAGUCCAAGGUUUAAUGACCCUUUUGAGGUUUUGGAGAAGUAUGGGGAGGUAGCCUAUAGAUUGGUUUUGCCUUUGAAUCCUUCAGUUGUUUAUCUUGUGUUCUAUGCAUCGAUGCUUAAGCGAUACCGACAUGAUGAUUUUUGGGAUAUUUGGUGGGACUCUAUAGUUUUGUAUCAGGACUUGUUAGUUGAGGAUAAGCCUGUUGCUAUCUUGGAUAGUCAUACUAGAUAUUUGAGAUCAAAGCAUAUCGAUUCAGUGAAGGUGUAG